GAAAUUGAAAAUGCUUGGAAUGAAUACCUGAAAUUAGAAAAGGAUGUGAGCCAGCUGAAAAAAGCCUUACAGGAACAGAUGAACAGCUCAUUGGUAUCUCAGGAGAAAACACAAAUACAAAAAGACUUGUGGAGAAUUGAAGAUGUAACAGCUGUCUUGAGUGCAAAUAAAGCAAACUACAAAACCAUAGUAGACUCUAUCAAGAAUCCAGAGAGAAAAAUAGUGCCUUCAUUUUCUCAGUCUUCAGUGCCUUCCUUACCAGCUUCCCCCACGGCUGCGGAGAGCAAACUUACAGUCCCGCAAAGCCCUCCACCCAGUCCGGUUAAAUCCUCUCUGGAGGUUAGGCUGUAUCCACAGCCUUAUUUCCAGUCCAGAAUGCCACACCAAGCACAGCAGCUGAAAAAAAUCGAGCCACCUUUUUGGUCACAAGUUAAUCUAAAGCCAAAGGCUGAAGAUGAGGCACCACCCAGACCUCCUCUCCCUCAGCUGUACAGUCCUGAUGAUCAGCCACCAGCUGUUCCACCUCUCCCGAGAGAAGCCACUGUCAUUAGACACACAUCAGUGCGGGGCCUGAAACGUCAGUCAGAUGAAAGAAAGAGAGACAGAGAACUUGGACAGUAUGUUAAUGGAGAUUAUAGGGUGGAACUGCGUUCAUACAUGAGUGAACCAGAAUUAGCAACACUAGGGAGUGACCUCAGCCAGCCCUCCAGUGGUUUAAUAAGCUCUGACAGUGGAUACCAGACAUUGCCUACUCGUGGUUUAUCUGGAUCAACUUCCAGAUUGCACCAAUCAUCUACCAUUUCGUCAUAUGCAACACUUCGAAGGGAUAGUUCCAAGGAGAGACCAAAGAGUGCCUUGGAACGUUUAUACUCUGGAGACCACCAAAGAGGCAAGAUGAGUGCUGAGGAACAACUGGAAAGAAUGAAGCGACAUCAGAAGGCAUUAGUUCGUGAACGCAAGAGAACUCUUAGCCAAGGAGAAAGGCAGUCUGUUUCAUCUCGGUCUUUCAUCAGGCCCAUUUCUGCAGACAUAGGCUCAUGGAAACGAGAGCAAGAAUUUGAUUUGCAGUUACUUGAGAGGGCAAUUCGUGGAGAAGACAAGGAUGGAAACGAAUGGUUAAAAGUUAAGCCACUAGCAGUGACAGAGACAGACCUGGAGCCUCAAGACUAUGAUUUAGAUAUCAGCAGAGAGUUGUCAAAACCAGAGAAGGUUGCAAUUCCAGAACGGUACGUUGAACUGGAGCCAGAGGAGCCUCUUUCUACAGAAGAACUGGAAGCAAGGCAGCGUAAAGCAGAAAAGAUAAAGAAUAUUCUUACUAAAUCAAGUAUGCACAAUCUACAGCCUACUGUUGCCCAGGAUAAACACAACUCAGUUGAUUUAGAUUCACAGCUGCAAGAACAGGAGCGCAUCAUUACCAUAUCAUACGCUUUGGCUUCUGAAGCCUCUCAAAGGAGCAAGGAGGUAGCAGGUAUCUGUGCAUCAAAACGGCUUCCCCACAGGCAAUCUGGUCCCAGUUCCAGUACCUAUGUCCUUACAACAGAGACUUGCACUCUUCAUUAUGGAAAGUGA